AUGUAUAGGUUCAGCAACACAGUGAUCGGGUUCUUGAACUUGUUUACACUUUUAGCAUCCAUACCAAUUAUUGGAGCAGGUCUAUGGAUGGCAAGGAGCAGCACAACCUGUGAAAACUUUCUCCAAACCCCUCUUUUGGUUAUAGGAUUUGUUGUGCUUGUGGUAUCACUAGCAGGCUUCAUUGGUGCAUGCUUUCAUGUGGCAUGUGCACUAUGGUUGUAUUUGGUGGUCAUGUUGUUCCUCAUAGCAGCAUUAAUGGGUUUGACUAUAUUUGGUUUUGGUGUGACUAGCAAGGGUGGUGGUGUUGAAGUGCCUGGAAGGGUUUAUAAAGAGUAUCAUCUUCAGGAUUACUCACCAUGGCUGACGAAGAGAAUACAGGACCCUCGCUAUUGGAGCACUAUUAGAAGCUGUAUUUUGGGGUCUAAAACUUGUGAAAAGCUAGCCUCUUGGACCCCUCUUGAUUACAUGCAAAGGGAUAUGUCUCCAAUACAGUCUGGAUGUUGUAAACCACCAACUGCUUGCACUUACAACAUGGCAGCUAUGAUGAUGACCCAAGACCCUGAUUGCUACAGGUGGAACAAUGCCCCCAAUUUGCUCUGCUAUGAGUGUGAUUCUUGCAAAGCUGGUGUGCUUGAAGACAUAAGAGGAAAUUGGCACAAGCUCUCGGUUCUCACUGUCACCAUGCUUGUGCUUCUCAUAGGAAUUUAUUCUAUUGGAUGUUGUGCUUUCAGAAACACAAGAAGAGCUGAAACGGAUUAUCCCUAUGGUGAAAACAGGAUGACCAAAGUCAGACCCAGAUGGGAUUACCACUGGUGGAGGUGGUUACAUGACAGGAAAGAACAACUUUAUUAG